CCGAUCACGCGUUUUUCUUACGAAAUCACUAACGGGUCAACGACCUCGGAAUUCAUAAAAUACAAUUACAAAUAAAUAAAUUAUUAAAUCAAUUUCUUUAGAGUCAGCGUCCUAAUUCGAAUAAUGCUAAAUCAAUGAAAAAUUUUUCAAUCGAUAAAUACGCAAUUACUUUAAUAUUUAGUAUCGUCAAUAUUUUAAAAUAUAAGUGUUCGCUACCAGUAUUCUUACUGAUAAAGUACGUGACAGUCCGAGUUCUUCGCAUUCGUGAGUAAGCAGGCGCGAAUAUUACACGUCUUUUUUAAACUAUUCCUUACAUCGAUAACUUUCGGUCGUGGUGACGCGCAACCCUAUCGAACGAUCCGGAUCGCACACGUGCAUUCGAAUUUCAAAUUUGUGUUCUAAUUUUUUGAAAGCGUGUAGCUGUCCGCCAUUUAAAUUUGUAACAAAAAGAAUAAUAUGAACAGUAUUUCAUUAAUGAUAAAUUCGUCUCGUUGUUCGGUAAAGUAAUUUUUUUACAUACCUACGUAAAAUCUUUACGGUAAAUAUCGUAGCCGGCGAGAUUUCGUCACCGGAAGGCGCUUUAGAAUUCUUUCUUCGAGAAUCUCAUCAGUAUUAUAGAGCAGUAGUCAGAAUGCAUUUAGUUCUGCUAUUCACCGUCGCGGCGCUGCUGGGCUCGUGCCAGUCCGCCCAUUUGAAUAAACACAUUAAGCUGCUUUCGGACAUCGAUAACAGUAUUGAGAAUGGUGUGCAAGCAAAAUCUGAUGGAUCUCAUAAAUAUUUAUCGAUCACGCAAGGCCCCCUACCGUCGUACGCACAUACUCCCGGAACCACUAUUGAGUUGACCUGCGAAGCUGCCGGAUCUCCAGCACCAUCAGUACACUGGUUCAAGAACGACUCUCCAGUCUACGAGUACGACGUCGAGUCCAACGAAUUAAUCGACUCAAGCCCGACAUCUAUUGCGAGAAUUUCCUCAACUCUCAUAGUGACGCGUACGACCUCUCAGGAUGUGUACACCUGCCUCGCCACCACGAGCUCCAAGACUGCGCGAGCCAGCACUGUGGUCUACAAUACAGAUAGCGCUACUGAGCUCUCGGAACGCGCUAAGCUGUUCCCGCUGAAGCCUCGCAUCGUGGUCUCCUAUAGCACCUACGUGGACAACAUCGGCAACAGGGUGGUGCUCCCGUGCCGCGUCAAGGGACACCCCAAGCCCAAGAUCACCUGGUUCAACGGACAGAAUGUGCCCAUUGAAAAGAACCCGCGCAUGAAGGUGCUUCGCUCGGGCGAGCUGGUCAUAUCCUCCCUCCUCUGGAGCGACAUGGACGAGUACACUUGCCAAGCCGAAAACGCUUUCGGCUCGGAGAAGGCUAAAACAUUCGUCUACCCCGCUAAACCCGAGUAGAAGAAAGAAAAAAAGAAGAAGAACCAAACGCGUCAUGUAUACUUAAUAUGGAUGUUCCUGUUAGAUAAGUUCGUAUUCGAUAAGGCCCAGUGCACACGGCGUAUGAGAAACGCUGCGUUCUCUUAAAAAAAAAAACGCUUCUAUAAACAGUAUUAUUUGUUUAACACGUUUUGAGUUUAAAAUUAUUUGAUUGGUAGCCGACGCUCCGAGCGUUGAGUUUUUUUUUUUGAAGGAUAUAAACACGCUGAUUACUUGUUGAUAGCAUCUUGUUGCAAUGAAGCAGUAGGUCCGAGAGAAAGAGAUAGAUAAAUGCAUUACUUUUUAUCAUUUUCUGUCAUUAUAAUGCUUUAGUAAUUCAGCAGCCAAGCAAUGCGUUUUUCUCCUACCAAACUAUUACGUAGAAGUACUGGAGGAGGCGGCGUGAUGAUGACGCGUUACUAUAUUAAAAAAAAAAUCCCAAUAAUAAGAGUUAUUAUUAUAAUUAAUACUUUAUUUCAGUUUCAAAAAAAAGCCAUAACGUCUUGUUAGUAAUUAUCACUUAUAAUCGAUGUUAGUGACUUAACUAUCAGACUAUCCAUUACAAUUUUUUUAUCAAGUUCCUGCUGCAAAGGCUAUUAAUUAGCAGACCUUCGAUCUUGCUCGGAUGUUCAGAAGACUAUUGCCAUAUCACGCACUCGACGCAAUAAUUAUUUACUAUAAGCACAAUAAGUCGUUAUUCCAGUGAACUAUUAGAUAAUGAUAUCGUCUUAUAAUUAUUUUAGUUGUUUUUUUUCAAUUGUCUGAUCAUUUACGAUUGAAUUAGGAACCUCUUUAUAUUUCGGAGUAGAUCAAAAAUGUUUAAAAUAUUUUUUGUUUUUGUUUAAUUUUUUUUUGUUUCUUAUAAAAUGGAAGCGUUAUUUGUCAGCUGGCCGCGGCGGCUGGCCCGCGCGUCCGUAGACGCAGCGUCUUCGCGCGCCAGUGUGCACACAGCUUAACGAUACGGAGCCUGCCUAUUUUUAUAUUAUAUUAUUAUAAAAAGUAUAACUAUUUUUAUAUCGUUAUCUUAAUUUCAUAAUGAUUUUAUGUUUUCCUUCGAAUAAUAAACAAUUAAAUAAAUAAAAAACAAUAUUUCUUGUUAUAAUCAACGAAACAUGUUUAUGACUGUUAUUAUAUUGCAUUAAAUACAAGAAAUAUUACAAAAAAAAGAAAA